AUGAAACGCUUGUCGCAUUAUCCGUCUAUUUGGUUAUUCGUGCUCGUAACGCUUCAUAGUCAGCAUGCUUAUACUGGUUAUCAAGGCCGUUAUACGCGCGCUGUUGAUUUACCGGAUGGACACGAAGUAGUAAUACCGCGAAAGGUCAGAUCAGACGGGAGUUUUAUAUCUCAUCGAAUACCUCAUCACUUCGAGCGCUCCUUCGAUCGAAAUCGGACGACAGGCGACGAUGCCGUUCACUAUCGCCUGCGUAUUGAUCACGAGGAGCACCACGUCGAGCUCUAUCCAAACCAUCGACUCCUUGGACCAGGUGCAAUAAUCGAGAAACGUCGGGGAUCGCAGGAUUUUUUGAACAACAUGCAAUUGAAACGAUUGCGAGACAUGCAAUGCCACUAUCGAGCCCGUGUGCGCAACCAAUCGGAAGACAGCGCUCUAUCUACCUGUUACGGACUUGUUGGAUACAUUAAAACGAAGCACGCGUGGUACAUGAUCGAACCAGUUGCUGGACAUGACUUUACCAAAGAAAUGGAGCAACCGCAUAUCGUGUAUAAAAGGAGUCCAGAUGAGUAUCAAACCGCUGCCGUGCGGGAUCUCUGCAACGUCAUCGGUGAAACGUCCAGGAUCAUUGCCAAGCGUGCUUUGAAUCCGCAGAAGAGAGUGCCCGCAAGAUCAAUCGAGAGUAGGUCGUACACGCUAGAACUGCUGGUCGUGUUGGACAAGUCUCUAUUGGACUAUCACAGAGAGUUCGAUGCUGCCGGAUUGUUUCACGACGUCAGUCUAGGUUUACAUAUGCAACUGACCAUAGUGAGAAUUAUAAGAUUAGAGGUGGAGGAAGAUGAGAUGAAUCUGUCGAUAAAUCGAGACGCGGAUGCGACGCUAAGGCGCUUUCAAAAGUGGCAGUACACCAUGAAUCCCGGCGGUGAUUCCCACCCAAAUCACCACGAUUGCGCGAUUCUCAUUAGCAAAUUAGAUAUCUGUGUCUCGACAAACCUCUGUGGCUUCACCGGUACAUCCACGAUUGCCGGUACGUGCGAUCCUUUGAGAGGCGCAGCCAUUGUGAGAGAUGCUGGUUUGUCAACCGGUUAUCAUAUAGCUCAUCAGAUAGGCCACACCCUGGGUAUGUCCCACGACGUGCAGCGGGAGAACGGCUGUCCCGGUAUAGUUUAUCACGGGAACGGAUACGUGGUAACCACCGUUAUGCACCCCGGCGACAUGUACAUCACGAAAAAAUGGUCCGAGUGCUCCCGGCGCUACCUACGCUCGUACAUCGAACAAGGUCUCGGGUUCUGCUUAGAAGACGAGCCGCAAGAUCAUCAUUUUCCAGCUGCGGAAAUGCUGCCGGGCGUGAUGUACAACGGUGACGAUCAAUGCCGUUUACGGUAUCGACCAGAUGCUCGACAAUGUGACAUGGGAAUCACCUGCGAGACCCUUAGAUGUGCCAUUCCGGGCAGAGGUUGCGUGACUGACAGGAAACCACCCGCGGAGGGUACCCCGUGUGGCGAAAAGAGAUGGUGCUACCAAAUGAAGUGCCUGAUGGUGGGAGAACGACCUGGAAUCACUAACGGCGGUUGGGGUGCCUGGUCGUCCUGGAGCAGGUGUUCGCGGACAUGCGGCUCCGGCGUGGCGUACUCCGUGAGAAAAUGCAACCGGCCGUCCCCGUCCAAAGGCGGCUCUUAUUGCGUGGGUGACAGGAAGCGCCAUAAAAUCUGCGCCACGGACCCCUGUGAAAUCGGCGCACCGUCGUUUCGUGACGUGCAGUGCGCCGAAUUCAACGACUGGGUGUUUCCGGAAGACGGAAAGGUUCAUCGUUGGACGGCGUAUAAUCUGCCCGAAGACUUGAAGGCGUCCGAAAACCCCUGCGCGCUUUACUGCAUAAGCGAAACUAAUCUGGUGACCUCGUUGAGACCGAAAGUGGUAGACGGUACCACGUGUUAUAGAGGCAUCCGAGACAUUUGCGUCGGGGGUGUGUGCAGGGAGAUACCUUGCGACCUAGAUAUGGAAUCCGCCGCCGUCGAAGACGUCUGCGGUGUCUGUCGAGGCGACAGCACCUCGUGUACUUUGAAGCAAGGAACAGUGUCGAUUAUGGCCCAAGCCCGACUCAAGAAGAUAACAGAUGUGCCGGCCGGUGCCAGAAAUAUUCGCGUCGAGGAGGCAGAACCGACCAAAUCCAGGAUCGUGGUGCGCACCAGAAGUACGAAAACCGUGUUGAUCGAUGGUAACCGUCUAGGAAUGUUCAAUGUGCCGGGUUCUAAGGCGUGGCUGGGAAUGAUAAGGCCGAGGCAGGAAGCUUUGAACAUACCGGGACCCGUCACUGAGGACUUGAUUAUAUUGGUUCUAGCAAAGGAGAACGUCACAUUGAAAUACUCAUUAGGAUUGAAGCAGCGUACUCCCCGCAAACCUGAGUUCUCCUGGGACUUCAUUGACUGGGAGAAAUGCUCGGCAGGUUGCGGUCCGGGAGAACAGAUAUCGAAACCCCGUUGCAUCGAGAAAAUCGGUGGAUUGGUGGACGAUAAAUUUUGCAGGAACAUCAGUAAACCAGACGCAAAAGUCAGACCAUGCAAUCAAGCUCCCUGCAUACCGCGGUGGAUCAUUGGCGAAUGGCAAGGCUGCACACCAUGCACGCCAGGCUGCAAGCGAAGGCGCGCUGUCAAAUGUGUACGACCCGUCGGCCGUGGCGAGCAGGAUCUCGAUGUGGUCGAGGACAGCUACUGCCAAGGACCGAAGCCAAGGGAGUCGGCGCCUUGCGAAGCCAGCCGGCGAAGACGAGAGGACAGAGGUGCCGCCGACGACAAACGCGAGAUCUCCUCUGUUCGCUCGAGCGCGCUAACGCGACAAAACGACUUCAUUAGAGCUGCUCGAGCGACCGUUAAGACGGCUUUAAGCGGCGCCGUCGCGGAGGACCGACAUCCAGGUGAUUUCUCUACACGAGCGUCCAAUCGUUCUUGUUCGAUCGGCACCGGGUACGUUAAUGCGCUUCCAAGCGAGACAAUGAGCUUAAUUUCAGCGGACGCGAUUCGAAAUUCGACCAAGACUCGUCGAGAUCGUUCUCAGAUAGAUAAAAAAUCGAGAAAUGCACCGAACGAUACGGAAAAGAUAAAUGCGAAUAAAAUUAAGAAGGGCGAGAUAGUGAUCGAUAAAGAGGACAUUCAGAACCUAACGCUCACGAUUAUUCUGGAGCGCGAUGAAAAGAACGUCGUAACGAAUUUCCCAAAGGAUUUCGAGCCGCGACCGUCGGAGAAUAGCACGGAAUUUACCUUGGUCGGUAUGGAUGCUCUCAGAUACAUACAGAGAAUUCAGGAAGAAGCGCGCGCCUCUUCCGAGAUCUCGAUUUUUCGCGAACGACGUGCAUGCAAUACGCGAUGA